CGACGACCGACGGCUACUGUCCAACAAUCAUUCGAUAGCGGAACGUUGAGUCGUUGACGGGCAGAUUAACGACCGCCACAGGACGUAACGGGCGAUCUGCGCGCGACACGACCCAAAAGGCCAAACCGCUGUGCGCAGUCUGCCGUCGUCUUCACUUUGCAACACUCGAUCGUAGCCGCCGCCGCCGCCGCCGCCGCCGGUCGCAUUAUGGACAUGGAGAACGUCAAGCAGAUUUUCCGGGAUGCCGGCACCGCGCUCAGCAGAGCCGUCCAGGUCAGUGGAUAGAUGAUUGGUGCCCGUACCGUUGGGUUCGGCACCGUCUGAUCGAUAUCCCGGUUUUUACACGGGACCCGUCCCGUAUGGCCGUACAUUUUGUUUCUUUACUCCCCUCGGCAAUUGUUGCCCUAUGUUCGCCGUCGAAAUUGCUUUGACAAUAUCAGUGGCGUCUGUUUAUGGCUUUUACUCGACGGUUGUUCGUUAAAGGAUAUCAACCAACUACAAAUUACACAAUGUUAACACUCACCCAAAAGUACAAAGAAUCCUAAACGUUAUUUACAACAAAUGCAGCUAAAAAACAUAUUGUACCUAGGUAUUUAAUGAAAACCUAUUAGAACACUAUUUAUCUUGACGGUAAAUUAACAUAAAAUGUGUUGACUUUGCACCGUAUUUAUCUUAUUCAAACUAUAAAACAAUUAUAAACAGAAAUAGAAAAUAAUAUAGGUAGGUACCUAUUUUUUUUUUCUUUUAUUGGUGUAACAAGGUUCUUCUUUACUUAUAAUAAUAAUAUCAUGUUGAUAAUCGAAUAAAACUGUUUAAACGUUAGGUACAUAUUAGUACAAAUUGCCUACUUUUACAAAACCACAUAAUGUUUAACUAUCUUACAAUAUGUUUAUACAAGUGUAUCAAUUAUUGUCUAUUAUAAUGGAAACAUAAUGACAAUAACAACAUCUUUGAGCUUUUAAUCCUAAAAUAAAUACAUUGUAUAAUAAAACCUAUAUCAAAUCACUUUUUUCUUUUAUUUGUUUGGUUAAUUUUGAAACAUAUGUUAGCAAAAAUAUAACACUGAUGUAGGAAAUCAUUAUAGAAAUAUUUUUAUUUAUUAAAAAUAUUAUAAAUAUAUUUAUUAUAAAUUACAUUUAUUACCCCCAUGUAAAAUUAAUAAUCCAAUAAUUAUAAUAAUAAUCUACUUAUAUUUUGUAGGUAUUUCUUUAUUUAGGCAUAAAGUGAUCUCAUCUUGUCUUCUUCUCAUGUGAUAAUUCAUCAUUCUAUAUCCUUUUCAAACGUGCCCAGCCCACUCUUUUCGUAUAAAUGUUUUAACUUUUGGUUUUUAAAAAAGCUCGAAGAUUUCCUUGUUCGUUCUUAUAUGGUACACCCCAUUUUCAGCAAUUAGACCAUAAAUUCGACAGAGCACUUUCCUCUCAAAAACUAACAGCUUUUCUUUGUCUUCUUUCAUUAUCUAUCACGUUUUGCAACCAUAUGCUAAGACUGGCCGUAGGCAACUUAAGUAUAGGUUAAUCUUUGAUAGCUUUACUAAUGCAAAAUAUCCUUUAUUGACUACUGAGAUUCUUAAAUUUAUUUUGUUGUUUAUAUUUUUGGUUCAUUUAUUUUUGUACGUAGGUAUCUAACAGAGUAUUUAAAGUCCUUUAAUGUGUUAUUGGAAUGUGUAAUUCCCAACAACUAGGUCUGUACAAUUACUAUGACCUCUACUAACGACCAAAUAUUUUAUUAAUACCUAUAAUAUAAGUAAAUUGUUUAAUAAGAAAUAAUACAUAAAAUAAAAUAAAAUGUAGGUGAGAAUAGUAAAGGAUAUAAAAGGUAAUUUAGUUUAUAUGCCUAUUGUGUGUAACAAUAAAGGCGCGGUUUGUCGUAGCGGUCAGCGAUUUGGUGACGCCACACACCAAGCAUUUGUUUCAUGAGUGGUCUAGUAUAAACAGUAUAUUUUUUACAGUUGUUACAAUGAUAUAUCCAACUUUGGUUGUUAUCAUAUAGUUACAAACACAUAUUAUUUUUCAUUAUUUUGUAAUUAUACUACUUAUUAUUCAUUCAAUAUAUCAAGUUCUGAUGAAAAGCAACUUCUUCUUCUAUUUAUCCUUCAAAAUAAAAGAAAAAAAAAUAUUCUGAGCAGAGUUUAAUAUAUUAAUAUUUUUUAGUACAUUUAAAUGGAAAACGUAUACAUUUUAAUAAAAAAUAGAUUACCUAUGACACUACACUGAUUUUUUACUAUUAAGUAUUCAGUGAAAAUAUCUGGUUUCUUCAAUUAAUUUUCAUUAAAUUACAACAAGAAAACAGAAAUAUUCCUGUUUUCCGGUUUUUUCUUAAUUGUCUUAAUAGACAAUUAUUAGAGCCAUCAAAAUAUCACCUCUAUGUAUUAACUAAGUAAAAUUUAAUUCUUGAAACCUCCCCGAAGUUGAUGUUUAGAGCAAUUCUUCUGAUUCAAAACUUGUUUUUAGACCUGAAAAUUUUUAAAAUUUUAUAAAUUUCAAUGUAAAUCUAAUAUAUUACUUGCUUUCACAGGAUCUAAAAAAAAAUCUUUGAUAGAAAAUUUAAUCUUUGGGUGCAAAUUUUUGAAUAAGUAUCUAAUUUCACAAAUAAUUUGUAUUUAUAAUUUAAUCUGAUUUGACUAUACAGUACAUUGGUACUUACAAAAUAGGUGCUAAUACAAUUGUAUUACAGUGGUUAACAUUUUUUAUUUUGUAGUUUACCGAAGAGAAAUUGGGUAAAGCAGAAAAGACAGAACUGGAUCCUAAUUUUGAACAAUUGGUAACCUUCUGCGACAGCACCAAACAAAACACUGAAACUAUAUUGAAAAACAUGGAAUUUAUUUUGAACUCUAAUCCUGGUAACUACUUACCUAAGAUAUAUCUUCAAAUACAAUUAUGUUUGAAAAUUGAUAAAUAUUUAUCCUUAAACUUUAGUCACACAGUUAUAAAUAUUACAAUUUUUCAGGUAUGAGAGUAGAAAAUCUCUUUUUUUUGGACAAGAAGAAGUCUGGACUUAGUAGUUUGGAAUACUUGGGACUUGCUAUGACCGAAGCAGGAAAUGAGUUUGGUCCUGAUACAGCUUAUGGUAAAGAAGUUAAUAUAUUUUUAUAAUGUGUUCAUUCUUUAAAUAAAUGUGUUCUGUUAUCAUAUCAUAAUAAUAUAUGGUAUUAUAUAUUAGGUAGUGCACUUAUAAAAGUUGGAAAUAUUCAGCAAACCCUGGGACUCAAUCAAAGAGAAUUUAUCAAGUCAACCAAUGACUGUUUCGUAAACCCAAUGAACAAGUAUUUAGAAACUGACAUGAAGACAGUUGUCAAGGAACGUUCGCUUUUAGAAAAAAGAAGGUUUGUAAUAGUUUUGUGAUUUAAUAGUUUAUAAAAAUGUUCAUGUUGACUAAUUACUAUAUAAUAAAUAUUAUAGACUGGACUUGGAUGCUUGCAAAACUCGAGUGCGCAAGACUAGAAUGCUCGCAACAACCAAAACUAAGGUAUGCUGUAUAAUUUAAUUACGUUAAUAUGUUCAGCUUAUGGUUUUUACCAGAUAUUACUUCCAAUUAAAAAAUGACAAGAUAUCAAUUUUAUCCCUUUAAACACUUAGCCAUUGACUAUCAGCUUUUUAUAUCUGAUGUAUUUUUUGUAAUAAUUGGAAAAACCAAAAAAGAGGAAAUUUACAAUUUUUUUUUUAAAUUAAGGAACAACAAUUUUAUCAUUUCAAAUUGUUACGAUUUCCAUUUUUACCAAAAAUAUAAAUAGAAAAACAUGAAGAGAUAUUUUUAAAAUUUUUAAUCUAGUGUGUGACCAAACAGUUGGUUUUUGAUUUUCUUUGUAGUUUUUUAUUAUUUUUUUUAAUUUUGUUUUUUUAUUUAAUUCAGUUCAACAUUUUUAUAGAAACUUAAAAUGUUGACAGAAAACUUAUAUUUACUUUUUCUAGACAUGGUAUAACUUUUAGAACUUUUAAACUAUUUAUAGACAUUUUAAUUUUGCAAGUCAUUUAUGUAUUUUUAUUUAAAAAGGUAGGUACUCUUUAAAUAAAUUGUUAAGACUUAACAGAAGUGCUUGAAAGUUAGAUAGAAGGUUCAUUAAAAGUUGUACUUAGUGGUAAAAAAAAAAAUAGCUAAAUAUAUUAUUUUAUUUUUAAGUAUACGUGUUUAAAAUUGAAUUUUGUUAAAAAUCAAAAAUAUUACUACUUUUCAAAACAUGUAUAACUGAACUUCGAUCUAAAUCAUUUUUUAUUAGCGAUGGUUUAUCUUUAUAAACUUAGUUAUGAAUUUAAUAACUUUAUGUAUCUCACCUUUUCCACUACUUACCUAUAACAAUGACUGUACCUGUCUCCAGUAUCAGCUCUUUUUUUUAUAUUUGUGGUUGUCUUGUGCAAUUGUUUUUAAAGAUUAAUACAUUUAAUAACAUUUAAAUGGUUGUUUAAAUGUAUUUUUCAUGCAGCAAGAUGACUCUGGUCCGACCACAGAAGAGUUAAUAGAAAAGGUAAAAAGAACCAAACUGAAGUGGAGCAUAUAUUAGUUAUAUGUAUUUUAUUAUACUAAACUUAAUAAAUAACUGUUGAUGUUUAUUAUUAUUAUUAUAUAUCUAUUAAUAUUAGAAUUUUUGAUUUUUUUAACUCUUAGGCUGAACUUGAUCUUAAGAUAGCUCAAGAAGAAUUUGAUCGCCAGGCAGAAAUUACCAAAUUAUUAAUGGAAGGUGUUCCCAGCGCUCAUCCUCAACAUUUACAACAUUUGUUAGACUUUGUGGAUACACAAGCCGCUUUCUAUUUGAGAUGUCAUGAAUCUUUGAUGAGUCUCCAGUCAGAUCUUUCUGGGUAUGUUUAACAUAUAGGUAUCCAAAUAAUUAUACAAACAACAAUGAAAAAAAAAAAUAAUGGGAUUAAGGAGUUUCUGUCUUUGUCUUACACAUGUGAGAUAUAGGGAUUUAGACACGUAUUUCCAACAUACAGAUUAAUCUAGAAAAACGAUAAGAAUUCUUAUAGCAAAUUUGAAUUUAUCAUGAAAUCUACUUAAAAUCAACUUUCCCACUUUUGAUUUUUAAUUUUAAUUUCUCAAAAAAUAUUUAAAAAUUCCAUUUUUCCAAUUACUCUUUUAUUAAUAUAGCUUUUUAAGAAUUUAAGGAGAUAAAUUAAAAAUUGGUAAAGUUGAUCUCAAGUAGACUUCACAGCAAAUUCAAAUCUGCUUUCAGAAUUCUUAUUGCUUCAUGCUGGAAAUAAAACAUUUCUAUAUUCCUAUAUCCCUCCCCCACUCCAUUUGAAAGGUUUGAAUGCAUUUAAGAAUGAUAAUUAAAUGUAAUAUUGUGAUGUAUCAAACAUUUACACUGUUGUCAAUAUAGUUGACCAUCACUAAUUAAUAAUCACUUAAAUAGUUUUUUUCAAUUGUUUAAUUAUGUAUUAAUACUUUUAUUUAUGUACAAAUUAUCUGAUAUAACAUUUUAUAUUUGAAAUUCUGGUUGAAAUAUAUUUCACACAUUUUAGGUUUCCUACUGAACAAGAUAACAUUGCAACAUUGUCACCUGAUACUCCUGCUUUGGGUCGCAUACAACAAGCUAAAGUUAUUACCAGUCAAGAACCACGCGAUUCCCAUGAUUUAAGAUUAAGUGCAGGAGAAGUAAGUUACUUAUGUCUAUAAAUAUCACACAUUGUACCUUUAAAAUUGCAUAUAAGUGUUUAGUUAGGUAAUUCAUUUUUUAAUUGCAAUACAAUCAGUUAAGUCUAAAACAAAAAUGUAUAAAAUGAUAAAUGUACCUAUGUUUGUAUAAUUUUUUUUUUUUUUUAACAGAUCAUUAGUAUUGAUGUAAAUUCAGACAUCGGUUCAAACUAUUUUAUUGGUAAAAAAAUCCAAAAAGGAAAAGUUUAUAAAAGCAACGUUAGGCUUUUAAACCAAGGUUAAGUCUCUUUUCGCAUCACUACUUUACACAUUCCUCCGAGAUCAAUAUUUUUACAAUAUGCUUUAUAUUUUUUUUGUGUCUCAUAUAUUUUCAUCUAAAACUUUACCUUUGAAUCUUUUAGAAAAUGAUAUACUUAUAUAUGUAUGUAUUAUCUAUUGUUAUUUACUUUAUACUUAUUUUACUUUCAAUGGCACUUGAAUCUUGUUCUAGCAUAUCUAAAAUAUUGUUCUAUUUUAACAUUAAGUUAUUUUAUCUGCUUUAUUGUGUUUUAAAACUUCUAUUUUGUUUGUGAUAAGUUAUGAAAUUAUUUAUUUGAUCUGAUUUAUAAUAUGUAAUUGUAUGUUAUUAGUUUCUUGAUAUUAUUAUUAUUAUUACUAUUUAACAAUAUGUCAUCUUUUACAGUAACAGUAAGCUUAAUAUGAAAGUUGUAUGAUACUAUACUAAAAUAUUCUUACAAAAUUUAAAAUUAUAUCACAAAUUAUAAUUUUAAUUACAAGGAAAAUAAUUUAUUAUUAUUAUAUUAAAUCAAAUGUAUCUAUCAUAAUUUUUUAAAAGUAACAUUUAUUGAAUUUUAAUUAAUAUUCAAGCAUCGUAAAAUGUUAAAUGUGUUGGUUCUAAAAAAAGUUAUGUAAUCAAUUUUUAAUUAUUAUUGCCAUAUAACUGGUUUUAUAUUUAUUAAAUGUUUUUAAAUUUAAUAAUUUAAUAUUACUAAUUUCAGAAUAUAAUUCAAAACGCAUUUGUGUAUAUUGAGAUAAAUUAGUAACUUGAUCAAAAUUUUUAGCAAUUAUUAACAUAUUAUUUUCUAACUUAGUCAAUUAUUUAAACAUUGUAUAUUUAUAAGUCACCAAAGAUUAUUGAUAGUCAUCUGAAAUUAACAAAACCUAAUAAAUUAUUUACUGUUGAUCUGUUAGGUAUUUAUUUUAUAAUCACAAUGUAGAGACUAUCUAAAUAUGUUUGAAAAUUGUCUAAUUUACUAUUUACUAUCUUGUAAACUGAUUGAUAGUUUCUAAACUUAAUCAUUACAGGCUUAACAAUCCUAUUCUUCUGAUACAUUUUAUAAUUGAUUUAUAUUAUAUACUAAUGAAUUAAGUUUAUUUUAAUGUAGUCAAAUUUAAUUUUAGAAAUAUGUGUUGUUUAAUAUUGUGUGUUUUAAUGUCAAUAUUUUUAAUCGUAACAGUUUAUGGACAAAUUAUACAAUUAAUGUUACUUAUAUGAAUUUAAAUAAAACAAACUUAUUCCUUAUUUAAUCUUUUUAUUUUAUUUAAAGCAAUAUUUAAUCAUUUAUAAUUUAUCAAAGGCA